AUGUCCGAUUUUGAAUGCCUUAAGUCGCUCGUCAGUAGUCUUUCUUCUGUCGUUGUUAAACUAGAGAGUGCCGUUAGGGACAUUCCUGAGGCUAUCAACAAGCUAUCUAAUCACAUUGUUUCUGUAGAAAACAGCGUCUGUUCUCAUGACGAUAGAAUUUCUGCUCUUGAAAAAAAACUCUCGGCUCUUUCUGAUAGUUCUGUUGCAUCUUUCAUAAAAUGUUCUGAGCCUGUUCCCUCCCCUGGUGUCCCAGGUGAUUCCAAUCUUUACUCUGAUAUUGUGCGCUAUCAUGCUGAAGAGAAAAGGUUUGCUUCUCGCAGUUGUAAUAUUCUUUGGUUCAAAGUCUCUCUCAAAUUCACCACUGCUCAAUCUACAGUACGUUCCCUUCUACUCUCUUUGGCACAUCUCUCCGGAGACUCUCAUAUGUCUAAUCUCAUCCAAACCGACCAAAUUUCAGGUCUUAGAUUGACUAGAAUUAGCUCUAAUUCCAACUCUCCACCUCCUAUCAGAAUUACUUGUACCUCCAAGGAUAUCAGAGACAACCUAAUCACUCUUAUCCGGAAAUUCAAACCCGCUUUUGACACUAUCCUUCGUAGAUCCUUCGUUCGCAGAGAAUACCUUCCAAGUGAAAUCAAGCUAGAACGCGAGCUUUGGGCCGAAUGUAACAAGCGUAAUUCUUCAACCCCUAACACCAUUCAUUAUGUUAGGGAUUUUGCAAUUUUAAGUAAACCUGUUACCUCUCCUACUGUCACUGCUGAGUCGUCGUCUUCUUCUAAUAACUCAGCGCUGACCAUUACAAAUUCUGAUACCAAUGCAAGCUCUCAGCCGAGUGACAAACUACUUGUUGCUACUCCUCUCUCCACUGAACCUCUCCUGUCUUCAUCCUCUUCAUCAACUGCAUUGUCUUCUGAUAACACUCAUGAUCUUUCUCCCAACCCCCGUUCUCUUGACAGUCCCUCUGCUAUUGUUCUCACUGAACCACCAGCCAAGAUCACUUGCAACUCUAAGAAAAACAAUGUAAACCGGACUGAGGUUUUUUCGACCUGCGCAAGCGUUAAUUCUUACGAUCAACGACCUCGGAAAUAUCCCAAGCUUCAACGUGCAUCUUCACUUCCAAGGUCCUCGUCUUCCAACCUACAGCAGAUAUCCUCUGCUCUCAAUAUUGGCGUAACCGUAGGAAAUAACAAAAAUAGUCAUUCCACCUUUCGCAAAUGA